GUUGCAUUUCAGAAGACGUUACAGUUGUCAUAUGUGGAUAAACUACUGAAUGACAUCCAGCUGGAGUUUAGGGACAAAUACAAAGAUGAUCUUGAGGCAGGUGUUAUGAGAAAUUAUGAGUUUAAUGAAGAUUUCAACAGAUUGCUCAAGGAAGCAGAAUUAAGAAGCAAGUUAGAGGCACAAGCCCCUGCAAAAAUGAGAACCUUUGAAGAAUCAAAGAAGUCACAGAAGACGGUGGCUUCACUCAAGAUUGAUAAGAAUGAGAAGAAUAAAGAAAGUGGCAAAUCUGGAAAGAAAGGUGGCGCUAAGAACAAAAAGGCGGAACUUGUGGAAGAAGUUGAUUCAAAGCCAUCCAAUGGAAAGAAACCCUCAGCUGAAAGCAAAAAUGAUCCCACAAGUGAGGAAAUGAUCAGAUUGAAUCGUGAAAAAUUCAUUAAGAAGAUGACAAAGGGUCCAGCAGUCAGCAAGAGCUCACCAACAGUAGCAGCCAAGAAAGAGCGCAAAAAGGAAGCCAGAAGGUGGGACAAUGCAGGAACUACGCAGGAAGGAAAGACCUUGGACUACAGUAACAGUAAUGGUACCCAAACUAAUGGAAAUGAUGAAGAAGAAGACCUUGAUAGUCUGCGACCCAUGGUUGGAACAAUGCAGGGCGAGAUAAAACCAAUGGAAUAUGAGUCUGAGUCAGAAGAUGAAGAGGAAGUAGUCAGCAAGCCUGCUGAAGAAAGCAGGUCCUCUGGUCUUGGUGGGGGACUCUUCUCUUUCUUCAAAGGCUUGGCCGGACAGAAGACACUCUCUCUUGAGGACAUCAAUCCUGUGUUGGAUAAGAUGAAAGAGCAUCUAAUUGGUGUAACAUCAACAGUGAAAGCAAGCUUGGAAGAAUCUUUGGUCCAGAUUUUGUCGCCGCGAAGAAGAAUUGACAUCUUGCGUGAUGCAAUGGAUGCUAAGAAACGUGGCAAGCCGUUUUCUAUUACCUUCUGUGGUGUAAAUGGUGUUGGAAAAUCAACCAAUUUGGCCAAGAUCUGCUUUUGGCUGCUUGACAAUGGUUUCCGUGUCAUGAUUGCCGCAUGUGACACGUUCCGUGCUGGUGCUGUGGAGCAGCUCAGGACUCAUGUACGACACCUUAACGCUCUCCAUCCCCCAGCUGGUGGCAGUGGACCUCCAUCUGUCUUACUGUAUGAGAAAGGCUACGGUAAAGAUGCAGCUUCUAUUGCCAUGGAUGCUAUCAAUUUUGCCAGGGAACAACGCAUCGACGUUGUGUUGGUUGACACGGCUGGGAGAAUGCAGGACAAUGAGCCUUUGAUGCGAGCUUUGUCCAAAUUGAUCAAACUCAACUGUCCUGAUUUGGUGCUGUUUGUCGGAGAGGCCCUGGUAGGGAAUGAAGCCGUGGACCAGUUGAAGAAGUUUAACCAGGCUCUGGCAGAUUUUUCAAUGUCUGAUAACCCACGUCUAAUCGAUGGUAUUGUGCUCACCAAGUUUGACACCAUCGAUGAUAAGGUUGGUGCUGCUAUCUCCAUGACAUACACCACUGGCCAGCCGAUUGUGUUCGUGGGCACAGGACAGACUUACAGCGACUUGAAGAGCCUUAAUGUAAAGGCCGUCGUCAAUGCUUUGCUGAGGGCUUGAGACUUAAUAUCUGAGUGAAAUUUUCGUCUUUUGAAGUGCAACAUCUUCCUUGGUUUUAAACGGACAAUCAUACUGAGAUUUGAAAAACAGGUGUAACAAGUUAUUAGGACGAAUCGAAUAUUGACAUGCAUCCUAGGGUAAUUGUUUUUCCUUUUUCCCCUUCUUGGUUCCGAAAAUUUUCCAGUUCGUAGCCAGAGGGGGAAUAACCACAACUGUUAAAGAGAAAAAUUGAUAAGAACCGGAGAAAAAUGUUGUUCCAAGCUUCUUUUAUUCCUCAAAGAUAAAAUACAACUAUAAUAUAACAAUAAAAUUAAAAUUAUAAGUCA